AUGGCGACGCUCUUCCUCGCCCUGCAGUGCGUGGAGUGCUCCACCAUGCAGGUGAAGCAGCAGAAGAAGAGCAGCAACAAGUGGGCGUGCGUGGUGUGCAACCGGCGCCAGUCCGUGCUCCGGGUGCACGCCCGCGGCUACCGCGCCGCCGACCUGCGCCGCUUCGUCCAGGACGCGAACCUCGCACGCGGCCGCGGCGCGCCCGUGCGCGAGGCGGACUGGGACCCGCCGGUGGCCGGGGAUCAACAAGACGAGCCCCCGAGGGAGAAGAAGCGGAUGGACUGGUCCGAGUACCUGGACGACACCGGGGAGCGUCAUGCCGGCCGCGGCUUUGCCGAUUCUCGUGAUGAUGGGAUUGAAGUGACAACUGAGCUACCCCAGGAAAGACCUAAAGCUCCUUCCUUGAAGAGGCCCCGAAAAGCCCAAUUGGGUGUAGCUGGAAAGAGGCCCAAACCACCAAUCAACCCCUCUUUAUCCAAGAUGCAGCAAAUGGAACAAGGUCCAACUUGCUCAACUGUCUGCUCUGCAACUUCUACUGCUGAAGCACAAAGAUCAAAGUUCAGCAAGUAUUUGGACAGUAGCUUCUUUGAAGAUAGAAAUCAGGAGGGUUCUGGGCUCCAUUGGACUGACCUUGAUGAAAGUGCUCCCACUACUGAGGUAGUGGUGGAUGAUGAGCCAUGCACAAAAGCCCAGGCAAAUGAUUGCCUCUCUUUUCUGUUGGAGCGACAGAGCCAUUAG